AUGAAGCCAGCGCAAACCAACGGGAUCGACGGCUUGUUGCAAGAACUGCACGAGAGGAUACCUCUCUACGAGAAGCUUGCUUACCUUCAAGCUGAGGUCUAUUCUGGAAGACAUCCGCGCGUAAAGCUGCCCCAGAAUGUCCUGGCCCAAGUCGCGCCCCAGCAGUCAGCGCCAACCGCACCACCUCCCACGAUAAACGGCUUGUCUGGUGGACGUCUGCCUCCACCAAGCCCCUCUGUCCCUCAGAAUGGCGCCGCGCACCCAUACCCAAAGACCUUUGCCAACGCUCAACAUGGAGUAGGCGGACAACAGACCCCUAGCUCAAAGCCGUCAUCGUCCGGCAUUGAUCCAGUGCUCUUGACACCUUCCGAUACCCUUAUAAGGGCGGAGCUACAACUGAAGCGUCAGCGUAUUGAGCGUGUGCUGAAAGACCAGGUCGACGCGAAGAAAGGGCAAGGCUGGGAACGAGACCUUAAUCUUGACCCUGGUCUCGUGUCGGACACUCUGUUGAAGGCACAGCUGCUUGUUCCACCAAUAUCUGGUCUUGCGCCCAGCACUAACGACAACAGCCCUAGCCAUGAAUCUUUUGACACAAAUGAUUACUAUUCAAGCCAAGUUGUGAGCUGGUCGACUGAAAGUUCAGAGCCUGGAGAAAUAGUCGAUAGCGGGAACAUUGUACCAGACACAGCGCAAGGUUCAUCUAGGCUUGUUGACGACGAUCAUGGCAUCAAUGGCAAGUCAAACGGUGUUCCCCAUACCGCAAACUUGGAUGACCGUCGUGUUGAUCAAACAGGCAUCGGAGCGGCGCAACCUCAAGGUCAGCAUCCACCGUCGCGAGAGGCGGAAGCCACUGAGCGGGAAGAAGAUACAAAUCUUGACGACGAUGCGCCGAUGGAUCUGGAAGAAGGGGAGCGUGAGGAGUCCUAUUCACCGCCAGCCGCGGAUGCGUUUGCGCCUCCCCCACACAAUACCCUGGCCCCAAGUAAGAGAGACGAACCUGCAGUUGCACAGCCUGUUGUUGAACCGCGUUACCCGUUCCGUUAUCCGCGCAUGCGAGGCGUACAGCCUCCGUCUCCCGAGGUUCCUGUCAUUAGAAACCACAUCCGAUCUCCAGUUGCGCCGCAGCCGGCGCGCGUGUCUCCGUUGACCUACAAUAAACUCCCGAGGAUAGAUCAGUCACAGUUGCUGCCGCCGCCGCGAAGCCGACCGCAGUCUCCGAGGUUUGACCGCCCACGAAAGCAGGGUCAACGAGGAAACGGGCGAGCUGGACGCAGAUCACCCAAGAACUCGGGUCGCCAAAGCCCUGCUGCUCCACAGGAGAAGGUCAAGAACCCGAAGAAGCGGAGAAGAGACGCUGUCGAGGGUGAAAAGGAGCGCCGUACUUCGGGUAAGCGUGUUGCUAUGUCGCCCGAAGUCUACAUCAAGGAAGAGCCUGUUUCACCGCCUCCUUUCUCAGGCCUCUCAGAGAUUCAGGGUCAGCGACAGCGAAUCUAUCGUGAACUGCCAGAAGAUGUUGAGAUUGUGUCUCCGAGACAAGCACGCGCACGGCCUGUAUACUAUCGGGAGCAGGAUCACGCUCAGCCGGUUUAUGCCUACGAGAUGGACGAGCCAACCUCGCCUACCUACGUUAGAGUGCCUUCGCGUACAGCCUAUAGGAGGGUAGAGAGGGACGACACUGAUCUGAGACGAGUGGCAAGCCUUCAAUAUGCCCGGCGGCCGUACUCGCCAGCUCCUCAGACACUGCCUUACUCCCCAGUAGAACCCCAAUCUUUGCGAUCUGCAUCGUACGCCUUUGCGGAGCGACCAAGAGUACAAGAGCCGAUCUACCGCGAGGCAUCAGUCCGACCGGCCGCCCCUCGCUAUAUUCGUUCUGAGCGUUCUAUGUCGCCCAUGGAGCAGCACGUUCCUCGGACUUAUACUCCAACUAUGGCUCCACCACCACGGCAAGUCGUGGUAGAUCAGUACGGCAACAAGUAUCACGUCGCUCCUUCCCAAAACCCUAGAACAUUUAUCACGCCGCAACCUCAACGCAUUGAAGCCGAGUCACAUCUCGAGCGCGCUCCUACCCGUGACGCUGCAAUGCGCGCAUCCAGUCGCGUCCUCGACCCCUACGACGACGAGCCCAGCAUAGCACACAUGCCUCCGCCCCCGCUUCGCCGCUACCCCGAGCAACCUGACGUAGAGCUGGUCGACCACCGCGCGUACAGACAGCGCGAGUACUCGAUGCGCCCGCCUGAGCCUGUAGAAGCCUCCCGACGACCGACUGUCCAGUACGACGAUAUGCCUCCGCCGCCGCCCCGAGAAUACGUUGCACGCUCUUACAGCGUGCGGCCCGAGCCGCUCCGCCAGGAGGUCGAGUAUCUGCCCAGACAUGGCAGUGCGGUGCCUGCGCGCGAGUAUGUUAGGCGGGCUGAGCCGCUCGCGCAGGGGGUUAGGCAUGCGAGUCUGGCGCGCAUGGAGUAUGCGCCUGUUGAAGACCAGAGGUACAGCCAUGUCCCCCAAGCGCAGCCGAUGCAUUCGAGAGGGUAUGUUGAUGAUGUGGAGAUUAUGCAAGGAGGGUACGAGGAGGGAGGGAGGAGGGUGACGUAUCGCUACUAG